UUCACGUGCGUGGUUAAUCGACAGCUGCGCAAACAUACCCGGCCUCAUUUGUCCGGGAUAUCUGUUCAUCUCCAAAUUUCUCUUGACACCUAAGACCGAUAUCGUUCACCGCUGCACCACUCGCUGGGGUACAUACAACGAAGCAGCCAGAGGAUUGGCCAGGGAGGAAGCGGCCAAUUAAGUGGAGGCGAGGCCGCAUAACUUGACAACUGGACAUAUACUCGGGCACCAAAAUGGGAGUCGAUUCCAGAACAGCUCCUCCGUUACCCGCCCCGACCGAGACCGAGUCCCAGAUCACUACCACCGAUCUUACCGAGCUUGCUGCUUCCGAUGUUUCCAAGGCUGCCGACGACGACAGAUCCCAUUAUUCCCUACCGGACGACGGAACUCCCGUCACCAUUAAGACCCGCGGCCAUAGGCCUAAUCGCUCUCAGACCUCUCUCCUAAUCGAGUAUUUCGAGGGUGGGAAGAGCGGUGUUUCUGGCACUUCCGGUUCUAGUGAGCGAAAGCCUAGCGUUCGCGUCCGCCUAACCCCAUCCAAGACUCGUGGUAGGAACGACCACAUUCAGAUCACCGAGACCAAGAGCAGCAGAAAGCGUUCUUCGUCCAGAAGGGCAGUCGCGAGCCCAAACGUCACUCGAAGUGAAUUAGACAUUAUGACAGACCCGGAAGACGCAAGGAGCAUGCAUUCCUAUGCGUCCGCCACGGAGGAGUCCAAUGUCUCCCGUAACCCCAUCGAGGUAGAGAUUGACUCGAGAAGUCAUCAUCGCCGCCGAAAAGUAUCAAGCCCGCUGAUUCCUGCUACCGAUAGCAAGGCCUCGACUUAUCAACCACCUAACAUGUCCGACAUCUCGGCCAUUCCCACCGACAGUUUCCUAGAUGGUUCCGGUGGAAACUCAUUCGCGCUGAAUGAAAAGCGUGCCAAGAGCCCCGCUCCGGCUCCUACAACUGAAAGGACACAUCGUAAGGUUCGAAGCUCUAGUCAUGAUCGGAGCGUCAUGCAAAAAGCGGUCGAGAAGGCGAGCAAGCCAGAGCGAAGACACAAGUCGAAAAGUAGAACGGGUAGCUCUGGUGAUAAAGAAAACGACAAGCGCAGAUCUAAAGGAACCCACAAAGAAUCUGUGGUUUCAGCCGCUGAGUCGAGCAUUCUUUCCUCUCAAUUAUCUCCCAGCCACCACUCUUAUAAUUCACAUUCUUCUUCAAAAGUAUCCAUAAAUAAUCCGAAGCUACUUGAGACCGUCGAGGACGCUAUCCGACGACUUAUCCUCCCCGAGCUGGAUGCCAUUAAGAGAGAGCGAAGUCAGCGAGAAUCUCGGAAAAGCAAAGAUCGCGAUUCCCUCUCGAGUCUCACAUCAGCGUCCCGCGAAGAGAUUUCUGGAACGAUUAAAAGGAAAUCUGCCGACACGACUCAAUCGACCAAGUCGAAGGACAAACGAGAUAGGGAGGCUAGAAAUGACCUGUCGCCCCAGAGCAGCAUUGAACAUGUUUCAGUUGUUAUCGAUGCCCCACAAGAUGAAGAUCUGACGCCUCGUCGAGAUCGCGAUCGCGAAACGCUUACAGAUUCUGCUUUGGACUCCGCAGUCAGUGGCUCUGCAUUGCGAUCACGAUCUAGGGGCGAUGAAAAGAGACAGCGUAGGAGAAGACGCGCGGAGACCCCAAAGCGUGAUAAUGGCGAAAGAUAUGGCGAUGAUUAUGAUGGCGCCGAGCACGAGGUGGUGCCGCCUAUGCCUCUUCAGAGUGAAAUUAACCCAUCCGAGUUGACACGAACUUCUAUAUUAUCAGCCGAGACCGAUCGACCUCACUCUGCGAGUGAGGAGAUGGUGCCGGUCCAAAAGGUCCCACGAGGCGUCCCUUCGAUGGAAUCUCUCCAGAGAACUCCUUCUCCUUCACGAUCACCAAGUCAUAACCUUCAAGGCUUAGGCGCUCAACAUGCUAACAUAUCACAUGGUGACCUAAAAGCACUUCCUCGUAAAGGAAACACCGAAUAUAGAGAUGAGUAUAGGACUGACGAGUUCGGAAACCGGUACAUAAACCAGGACCGAGAUGAGUACGACGAUGAGUACGAUGAGGCUGGUAAUCUCUCUGAGCCAGGCAUGUACGAUGAUGAUGCAGCCAUGCAAUCUUUCUAUGGAUCCCAAGACGUGCCAGCCCCAUUACGUUAUGUUCCCUAUCAACAAGAAAGACGUGGACUGAGUCCCAUCCAGAGCGUGUCGGGGAUUACGGAGGGAGAAAGCGAUCUCCACGGUUACCGAGAUACGAGAACGAUGCAAACGGAAAGCGAACUCUCAUCUCCAGACAAAUCACUCCUCAACCGAGACCUUCGAUCUCCAAGUUCCAUCCCCAGCAACCUGCGAAGCCGUGAGUUUUUGGACGAGGCUAGCAGUGUGAGGAGCUCCGGUAUCGAUUACAGAAAUACCCAAUACACUGAUGAUAGUGAGGUUGAUCAUGUGACUUCGGGACAAGCAGUACAUGUCGUCGGAGGGAACCCCGAGAUGGUACACCAGAAUUUUGCACCAGAAUCUGCUGUGGCGUCGCUGGUCGAGGGGUCACAGCUUGAUCCUUCCGUUCUGAGUGGCUCUACUGGGGUCAGGCAGGAUUACCGUGAUUCACAAUUUUCGUACGGUGACGACUCAAGAGGAGUAAGUCCUACGAAGCGCUCGGUAGAGAGUCGUCAUGAAGCAACCGAACGGCAACAAAACCAAUCGCCUACACUGUCAAGAGAUCGUGACCAAUCAACGGCUUCUAGAGAAUUCUCGGAAUAUGAACUCGAUGAAUUCGGCAGAAAGGUACCUCGAUCAAACUACCGCAACUCCCCCACAGUCUCUGAGAGCGCUAUUACAAGCGUUGCUCUACAGCGGGCAGCGCAAGCCGCCCUCAAGCGAAAGGCCGUUGGCUCUGGCCCAAGUCCAAAUACCGAAGCAGAUGAGGGUGAGUUUAUUGGCGAAGGUGUUUCGCGAAAUCGUUCCUUCAAAGAGCGAGCCACCAAGGAUGGUUACCGACCGGACGCUACUCCGCGACAUAGCGUCGAUCGUCUUUCAGAUUACGAUCAUCCAACAUUGGGGGCUAGUGGCCUCCCAGAUUUGGACGACCCGAUGCCAGAGAUAGGAUAUGGCUAUGACGAACGAACUCCUUCAGUUGUACAAGGACCUCUCGGUGGAUCGCAACACGGAGACAGAGAUCACUGGCCAGCAGAACCAACACCAACCUACGAUAGGUCAUAUUCUUAUGAUCGUGCUGUGACACCUAAGGCGAACAGACAAGACAACAGCCACGGCCUCGGUAUAUCCGAUGCGGAAGCCCUAGCCACCCCUGCAACCGCAGGAGCUAUGGCCACAUCACAUAGCCGACAACCCAGUCAAGAGCAGGACGACGAGUGGCAGAGAACUUCCGGAGACCGCAAGCGAGACACCCUGGUCACAAACCCUUACGAGGGAGCCAGUCCGAUAGCCAAUCUUCCUGGUGUAGAUGGAAACAUGUUAGGUGAAACUGGCUUCAGAGCGGAUACCUACAGAGGCGGUUUCCAUACUGGUAGCCCCGGAAUAACUGGAGGCGAUGAAGGUUAUAUCUCUGCCGCACCCAACGAGGCCCGCGAUCGAUCUGAUAUCAAGGGGAAGGAGGUUCCCAUGAUGAGCCAGCCUAAUGUGAGGGAAUCUGAAGACCCGUUCUAUGCCCCGAAGGAUCCAAGACAUCUUGCCGGGCUUUCUCAAGCAAUGGGAACACCACUGUAUGAUCCCUCUACCGGAACUGGAAUUGACAGGAUUCAAUCGAAGGACAUCAUUGCCCUGAUGGAGCACCUUAUGGUCCGAGAUGCGCAACGAAGUGCUAGAGAUACCGAGAUCCUCGUGACCCUUGUCCGUUCCGCAGCUGAUAUGCGUAAUUCGUUCGAAGAUAUCAAGAGGAUGCUAGCGGAUAGCGAAGACCAGAUCAUAACCGAGGUGAAGGAUAAUACGGAAAAGACAGUCAAGCGUCAUCUUGGCGGGCCUCGACCAUUCCCCGGUAGCAGCGCUCGAUCCAUCCAGGGCGGCUCCCAGGCCGGCACCGAAGACGCCAACGUGAAGAAGCGAAACUUCCUUCGACGGGCACUCCAAGGCCUUAGCUCCAAGGGCGCCAACGAUCUUACUAGAAUUGAAGACCUGCUAAAUCAGCUACUCGAUGAUGUCAAUGAUCUCAAGCAUCAGUCCGGCGGGCCGACAGGCCUCAUGAGCACACGAGCUCAAUCGAUUGAGAACAUACAACCCGAGGUCCAGUACGAACAAGACCGGGGUUAUGAGCCCGAAGGUCAUGCUGGAACCUCAACAGCUAGCCAUGCUAGCCAGUCGGGACACCUGUCGAUACCCCAAUCUCGUGGAACGUCUAACAGGUUAGCCAACGAGCGCAAGUUCUCCGAUCAUCGUAUUAGCACCGUGCCGGAAGAUGACGACGAAUAUAACGACCAUUCCGCGCCGCCACUAAGUCAAUAUGAGAUGCACGGAGGAAUGAUGUCUCCCAGCGAUGAGCGACCAAGAGGUGGAUCGGUACCUCUAGGCACGCCGCCGCAAAAUUCGCCGCAAACACAGCAUUAUUCAGCUAGCAAUGAGAACACUCCUCGAACAGAAGAGAGCAAGAAACACAAAUCAAGGGGGUCGUCUAGUUUCUUCCCUAAGAUCUCACGGUGGUCUGAAACAACGACAUCAAGUUUAGGAAAGGUUUUCCGAAGCAGCGGUGCCUCCAAGAAACACGACCCGCCUGAGGACUUCCUACAACAUGCUCCUCCUUCUCGGUCGGCCUCGGACAUCGGGAACUACGAGCAGUUCCAGCAUCAGGACGUGUACGAAUCUGAUAAGUUACACUCUGGCUUCUCAGAACAAGAUCUGCGCCCCGCAACCGUGGACUCCAACUUGCCCAGCAUGACUGCCCCGCAGCAACAAAUCCAGCAAACCCCUAUGCACCAGCCCACUGCACCCAUCCCAUACUCCACCCCGGAAGAUCCUAAAUACAGGGCUCAUCGCAACUCGCUCAACUUGCAGCACCCGCAACCGCGACAAGGACGUGUGGAGCGUUUUGGAACAGCGUUGGAGUCUUCGGCGCAAGACUACGACACGCCUAUGUCUCCGAGAUCAGCCGACUGGGCUGGCUCCGCAACUUCAUUGACCAGAUUCCCCGCCCAGAACACUAACCGUUAUAGCGACAACAGCGCUAUGAACUCGGGCCACGGAGGAGAUGAUUAUCACUGGCAAGGAAUGACAUCUCCUAGCCCGCAAGGACCACCACGACCUCCCAAGGAGCCGCUCGACGGUCCUUCACCUGCAUUCACGCAGACACCCCCUCAACAUGACCGGGUGAACAAGCUACAGAAGAAGCAUGGCAGCCCAUUGCCACAACAAAGCGUCGAGAGUGGCUACGGUACAGCCACCGCUACCCACGCCGGAAGUUACCAUUCUGGUAGCCCGAAACCAGAGAACAGAAAUCUGAGCGCCGCCCUCGGGGUUCCAACCCGACGACCUAGCGGCCCAAGAGCGAUGACCCCUAGUCGAGGCAGCGAAGAUGGAGAGGAGAGACGUCGAAAGCGAGGUAAGUCAUAGUCACUUUCUUGGACAUCACAGUCAACAUUGCUAACUUCAUACACAGACACGUUCGGCACAGUAGCUAGCCCUUCGAGCGUUAUUAGCCAAGAGUCCGAGACGUUUUAGGAAAACGCUCGCCAUCUUGACGUUCUAGCGCCUCAAUCUCCAUUUCACGUUGAUUUCAAAAGUUAGAGGGACGAAUGAACGACUUCACGGUUGACAUUAAGCGGCUGCUGGGUAGCCGUGUUUUAAAUAUAAUAAUUGCCUUU